GCAUUGGCACUAGAUCUAGCUCUAAGUAAAAUUUAAAAAAAAAGAUAGCCUAUCUAGAUUCUAGAUCUUAAAGAGUCCAUUAAUAAAUUCUGGUUAUGGUUGGAAAAUGAAGCGUAACACUGACAUAGACUACAAUUGACAGAAAAUCUGGCUUUGCUGGAAAUGGAUGUGAAAAGAAUCGAAAAGCACGAAAUUGUUAAUGAAAAUCAGAUAAAGUUCAAUCAUAAAAGUAAAAAGCUUGGUGACGGUGACAGUAAAGAUGUUUCAGGAAUUACAGACUUUGACACCACAGUCGAAGAAGCAAGAUCAACAUUUUAUGAAAAAUAUUCUCCAGCAGCACCAGACGGAGGUUGGGCUUGGGUUGUUUGUUUAGGUUCUUUUAUUGUUAACUUCAUACUGGAUGGAACUAUGUUUUCUUUUGGUAUACUGAUGUUGGCUUUACUUGAUGACCUUGGCUAUGACAAGUACAUGACUGCUUGGAUAGGCAGUGCACAAAUGGGACUUUCUAUGGCUAUGGGUCCUGUGAUCAGUUUAAUUCUACAGUAUUUCUCUAUACGUCAAGUAACAAUGGUUGGAACUGUCAUAGCCUCUACUGGGUUCAUUACCAGUGCUUUCGCUCCAAAUAUUUAUGUUCUUAUUUUCACAUACGGAGUUGUUGGUGGUGUUGGAAUUGGAAUGGUGUUCCUGCCAGCCAUUAUUGUAGUUGGUCUUUACUUCAACAAGAAGAGAGCUAUAGCUACAGGAAUAGCUACCAGUGGAUCAGGUGUUGGGACUUUUGUGUAUGCCUAUGUUACGAACCUCUUACUAAAUUACUUCAGUUGGCGGGGCACAGUGCUCAUUCAUGGUGGACUUAUCUUGAAUUGUCUGGUGUGUGCUAUGUGUUUUAGGCCACUUUCAUUAAUGAAAAAAGUUUGGAGAUCUCAACAAGAGUGUAACACAAUAGAUGCAACAGCAUGCUCUAUCUCAAAACCACUUAUAGAUGAGAAUUACUCUAACACUUGUAAAGAUUUGUCCAACCGUAGCACUAAAACUGACCAUGUCGGCACACUUACUAGUCCUUGUCACAACCAUGAUUCAGAGAACAAGGAUGAGGGGCUGUCAGACAACCAGGAUAAAAUACUAUCUGAUCAUUUGCAAAAGGAACUUACUGACCUGGGAGAUAAAAAGCUUAAAGUUAAGGAACCUUGUGAACUAGGCAUGGAUGAAUAUGAUGUGAGUGCCAGUACUUACCCAAUAGAUUCGGAGAGUAAAAUGAAAGAUCAACAUAUUGAAUCUCGUAUCCUCAACACUGUAAAACCAGAUUCUUCUUUAUUGAAACAUAUACAUUCAGAAAACAAGGAUGUCAUAUGCUUGCCUUUAGCUGACCACGCUUCAGCCAAGCGCUAUCAGAGUUUAGACUACCUACAGCUGAUAGGCAGCUGCUCUGAAGACAAAUCUGUUGCAAUGUUGCCUAAACAUUGCGCUCAAAGUGAGCCAGAGUUGAAUGGCCAGUUAGGUUUCUGUCAAGAAACAUUCAUGCCUCAGCCUGGUUUGAGAGACCUAUCAACAACUAUUACACAUGAGACUGUUGGGGACUGUCAUGAAGUUUGUCCUGGUUCGGCCAGUAUUUCUAAGGCAUUGACGAGGACACCAAACAGGAACUUAUCACUUUUGAAACUGAUGACCAACAAAGUAUUUCUAUUGUUACUCCUAACAUUUUCUAUGUGGACAGCACAAUCUAUCACACUGACCUAUCUACCUGACUUGGCAGUGUCUCUUCACAUUCAACAGUCAGAUGCUGCAUUUCUUAUCUCUAUCAUUGGAAUAGCUAAUGUUUUGGGGCGUCUCUUAGCUGGUUUUGUGACAGAUUGUUUCCAUGUGCCAAGUGUUUGGCUGUAUUUUGCUGCUCUGGCUCUGGCUUCUGGUAUCAAUCUAAUCAUCUCCUUCACCCCAUUCUUAUCUCACACAUUGCCAGUGCUUCAGAUGUGUUCUGCCAUUUUUGGUUUGUGUAUGGCUGUAGCUGUCUCCAUGAGGACUAUAGUACUAGCAGACCAACUGGGUAUUGAAGCAUUGACUGUUUCCUUUGGAGUUGUAGCAAUGUUUCAAGGUGUGGCUUUUAGUCUGGACCCACCCAUUGCAGGUCAGCUGAUUGAGGACUUGGAUUCCUUCCGUCCUCCAUUUGUGAUGGCCUCGCUGAUGUAUGCGGUGUCUGCUGCUGCUGUUCUGGUGGUUGGUUGUCUUAGUUGUAGACAGUCACACCGGAGAAAGGAAGAAGCAGCCUUCCUGUCAGGGCCCAGUGAAUGUUGACCUGACACAUAUUGGUUUUUCAUCUAUUGACGUUUUGACUGUGAUUUGUUGUAGAAAUAUCUGGCAUAACAGAUUUUUUUAGAUAUAAGGUGACAUACCAAAGUAGAAAUUUCAAUCUUGUCACAUAGACUUGAGGUAAUAAAGAUCAGAUUAUAAUGAUCAUUUGUUCUACCUCUAGUCAAAACUACCGUGGUAAAGAAACUCAACUAACUUGGGUGAUGGCAUUUUAAAAUACAAAGAACUCUCAUGAAUGUUAUUCCAAAACUAAAGUAGAUAUGCACUUGAGGACUCAUUUUUAAAUAUAGGUAUUUAUUGGGAUAUCGCUAAUAGGUUUUAGGAGGAAGCAUAUUGUGUUGUUCUUGGUUUUAAGUCAUUUAUAAACCAGGAUUUCAUGUUACACAAUCUAAAUCACUUUGAUUCCAGGAACCCAUGUUAUACAAUUGAAAUCACUUAGAUCCUGGGAUUCAAUGUUAUACAAUUAAAAUCACUUAGAUCCCAAGAUCCCAUGUUAUACAAUCUAAGUCACUUUGAUCCCAAUACAUUUUAAAGUUAACUUGGUGUAGUUAUGAAUUCCAUGUGAAUGAAUUUUUUCUUUUGACUUUCUGCCUUUGCUUCAACUGAAAACAUAACAGAGAAUUUCUUAGGAUAUACUAUUAUUGGCUAUUAUUUGGUAGCAUAUAGGCUGAGAUGUCAAACAUUUGGCUUCCCAACCGACUCCCCUGAGUCCUAAUGCAAACCUGACAUAUUUUGUGAAAGUAAAGGCUGUUAGUCAUUGUACUAACUAUACAUCAUCUAUCCCCAUAGAUUGCAAUGUCUGAAUGGGUUACUUUACCCAUAGUAUUAUUUGUGCAUUAACUAAUGCAAUUUAAGAGUAUCUUUUAGACUUCAAAGUUUCACUUACAUUUUUAGAGCUUUUCUCUAAACAAAAAAAAAUCAAGACAUUAAAAGUCAGGUAAAUUAAUAGGAUCGAAAGUGCAAUGAAGCUGUGAAGCAUUCUCACUUGUUUUAAGAGCUAGUCAGCAGAUGUUAUAGUUCAGGUGAAUGAUUGAUACAUGACUGAUAACAUUUUAUUGACCAUGUGAUAUGUUCAAGUUUUAUAUUAUUAUUUUUUGUUUGUUUUUUUAAAGUUAUAUUUUCUGUGGGUUUUUUUUUCCCACAUCAUUGUUAAAAGUUUUUUCAACUUGUGACAAGAAAUUAAAUGGCAAUUUAAACAUGAUUGUGAAUUUAUAUCAUAAAUUGGUUACACAUUUCGUUGUUAAAUAUUAUUUUAAGGAUAAAAUAGAUCACCUCAGUUUAUGUUUUAUUAAAAUUAAAUCUACUACUGUCAACAAACAGUACAUGACUAUCCAUUCAGUACUUAAAUUAAAUAUAUAUAAAUUUUACAUAGUAAGACAAACAUGCUGUGUAUACAAAGAGGCCAACUUACUUUGGCUGCAUGAUUAACAUGUAACAAGAAGUAUUACAAGAAAUGUAUCAUGAAUUUUUGAUGUUAUGAAUUUCACCUAGAUGGCUGUUGUCUUGGUUUACAGCUUCUUUUAGGAUGCACUUGUUUAAUUGGAAUAAAUAUGGCAGCUGCCUUCUUUUAAAGUGUCUGAAGAGACAUUGAUUCUUGUUGAAUUAUAAAUUGUGGUCAUGUUUUGUAAGUCUCAUUUUUUUUUAUUUAAGUUUUGUUCCAACAGCAAUUAUAAUGACAUUUGUUACCUUCCUUGACACUUUGUAUUUGACAUUAUAAUGAUGUUUGUUACCUUUCUUGACACUUUCUAUUUGACAUUAUAAUGAUGUUUGUUACCUUCCUUGACACUUUGUAUUUGACAUUAUAAUGAUGUUUGUUACCUUCCUUGACACUUUGUAUUUGACAUUAUUAUGAUGUUUGUUACCUUCCUUGACACUUUGUAUUUGACAUUAUAAUGAUGUUUGUUACCUUCCUUGACACUUUGUAUUUGACAUUAUAAAGAUGUUUGUUACCCUCCUUGACACUUUGUAUUUGACAUUAUAAUGAUGUUUGUUACCUUCCUUGACACUUUGUAUUUGACAUUAUAAUGAUGUUUGUUACCUACCUUGACACUUUGUAUUUGACAUUAUAAUGAUGUUUGUUACCUUCCUUGACACUUUGUAUUUGACAUUAUAAUGAUGUUUGUUACCUUCCUUGACACUUUGUAUUUGACAUUAUAAUGAUGUUUGUUACCUACCUUGACACUUUGUAUUUGACAUUAUAAUGAUGUUUGUUACCUUCCUUGACACUUUGUAUUUGACAUUAUAAUGAUGUUUGUUACCUUCCUUGACACUUUGUAUUUGACAUUAUAAUGAUGUUUGUUACCCUCCUUGACACUUUGUAUUUGAUAUUAUAAUGAUGUUUGUUACCUUCCUUGACACUUUGUAUUUGACAUUAUAAUGAUGUUUGUUACCUUCCUUGACACUUUGUAUUUGACAUUAUAAUGAUGUUUGUUACCUUCCUUGACACUUUGUAUUUGACAUUAUAAUGAUGUUUGUUACCUUUCUUGACACUUUGUAUUUGACAUUAUAAUGAUGUUUGUUACCUUCCUUGACACUUUGUAUUUGACAUUAUAAUGAUGUUUGUUACCUUCCUUGACACUUUGUAUUUGACAUUAUAAUGAUGUUUGUUACCUUUCUUGACACUUUGUAUUUGACAUUAUAAUGAUGUUUGUUACCUUCCUUGACACUUUGUAUUUGACAUUAUAAUGAUGUUUGUUACCUUCCUUGACACUUUGUAUUUGACAUUAUAAUGAUGUUUGUAUACAUUCGCCUUUUUUUCCCUCCUAUAACAAAAUAUGAGUUCAUUCUGAACAGUCUAAAUUUGACAAAAUCAUAACUGUAAUCUCUAAUUAAAAGCCUGUUCAAACCAGAUUUUCAUUUGUUAUUUGUGUGAAGCCAAAUUAAGUUUUAGAUCUAAGAGAUGAAAUCCGUAUGAACCAGUGUCAUUCAGCAUUGUCAAACAGCUUUCUUAAAAUAUGAACCUUACUUACAAGUCUGUCAUUGUCAAACAUGUAAAUACAAUAUAGUUUGAAAAAAGCAUUAGAGCAAGUAGAGUGUGUUGUGACUUGCAACUGCAACAAGCUUGUGACUAGCAAACUUUUGUUGUAGGGUGUACAAAUUAGUAUUUCCUUAACAUUUGCUUCUCUUUCUUUUAGGUACAUGUUAGUUACAUCGACAUAUCUAUAUAAACAUAAUUACAUAACCUAUUCAUGUUAGGCAAUUUUCCAUUAUGUUGCCAAAAAGGAAAUGCUGAAAUACUAAAAGUAAUGUCUUUGAUUUCGAUGAUUAAGGAUGAGUGCAGUGUUUCACAUGAUUAUGCAAGCCCAAUUGUGACCUGCAUAUUUUUUUCGCACAUAGUGCAGGCAAAGCUGUUUGCUGGCAGAAUUUCUAUUGCACACAAAAAUCACAUAACAUUUUGUUGUCUUGUAGAUUAAAUAAAUUAAUAUUUAGCUGUGUUAUUUUCUUCACAAAUCCUAAGAUUACAUGGUUUUGAGAUGAUGUCAUAAAAGUUCAAACAAGUCAAUGUCCAGAAUAUUACAAUUAGAAUAGUGACUUGUUUCAUUUUGAUGAGAUUUGCUUCAUGAUAUCAAUAAUGGCCAUUUUGUAAUGAGCACUGAAGCUACUACACAAUAGUGGCCAAGCCAAAUCACUAAGUUGCCUGUAAAGGUUUUUUGAAUGCUGAUGACAUUAUUAUAUUUAAAACUGACUUAGGAAGUCUUUAGAACAUAUUGAAGCUCUAUACCUAUAGGUUGAGUUAGAUAUAAACUUUCAGAAUAUUUUGAAAAAAAAAAACUAUCCCGAGCAGUGACAAAUCUAGCAGCCACCAGAAAGCCAGCUGGUACAUCUGACCACUAUGACUGUCACUUCCACAUUCACCAUUACCUCCUCCCCCCAUUUUGACUGUUGUCAUAAAGAAAGGUAAAGGAAUAUUUUGAAAACUCAUUCUACAUCACAAUUCAGUAUCACUAGCUGUCAUUCUGUUUUUGUUGCUUUUCUCCUAAUGUAAACUAGAAAUAAAAUAGAUUAUUGUACUUUCAAGUGAAAAAUAUCACUCAAAAGGUUUUCUUUUUAAAAAAAAAAAAAUUUAUGCAAACUUGAAAUUAUUUUUUUUUAAACAAAUGUGUAUAUGGACAAGUCAUUCCAAGAAGGUGAUUAAAUCUGAAGCUGUACUAACUCCAGAGUUUAAUUGUUCAACUUAACUUGUAUUUACUGUACACACAAGAGUAUUGAAAGGACAGACAAAUGACACACUAAGUCAUGAAAUUGAUGGUUCCUGUUGAUUCAACUGUUUAUUUGAAAUGAGAAUAAAACAAUAAACACAAAAAUAUGUUGGCCUGCACCAACAGACUUCAUCCAUUGGCUAUAAAUGACAUGAUGUACACGCUGCUCUAUGUACACAACCUGAUCCUAGAGAAUGAACAUUUCUAGAUGGAGCUAGUGAAGUCUUUAGAGACCACAUAAAAACUAAUGUUGCAGACAAAUGAAACAUCUUUCACUGGUUUUUAAUGUGGAUUGGAAAAUGAGGCUAUGAACACCAUAGUGUUAAAGAUAUACAAGCUGUGUGGACAUCCUCAAUGUCCAACCAUGACAUUGGUGGACAGUAGCUAAGAUGGCACAGUGCACUGAACUAUGUUACUAACGAUUCUGAUGCUAACAGAAAUACAUUGAACUAUGGCCAGUUUCUUACGGUCAGACAAUGAGAAAUCAUACUAAAGGAUGUUUGAUUAUAGUGUUUUUAAAAGUACAACUAAUAACUUAUUUGUAUAUUUAUAUUUUUUAAAGUAUAAACCAUAUAGUACAAAGACUAUAGAAAUUGCAAAAUAUGAACUAAUAAAACAUCUUAGUACCAGAGAAAACUUGUUAAAAACAUUCAUUUUUCUUCACUAUUUUAUGAAGCAAAAAAUAUCUACACCAUCCUUACAUUAGAUCUAGAGGGUCACAUUGAAUUCACACAAUUUUCAUCCAGUGGCACAAAAAAACAAAA